AUGGGUCCUGGCUCCCGGCGCGAUCUACUCGACGACGUCUUUGGUGCAUAUAAUUGGGGAAAGGUCAUUCAACUCGCCACAUCUCUACUCUCGAAGGUGAAAAAUGUGAUCGAUGAAUGCAGCACCCAUGUCACUGCAUUUAAAGAGUUCAUCACAGCAUUACCGACAGCAUCUAUUGAACAAUGGACAAAAGCCGUGGAGACAUGGGAAAAAGACCGAUCAAGUCCGAAUCCUUACAAGGUUACUUGUAAAGCGGUCACGCAGGCAUCCGUACGCCUCCAAUUGGCACAAGAAGAUGAAAUGCGGCUCCAGGCUGGGGAAGCCGCACCAGUUCAUGAUCAAAUCUCCCGAAGCGUCAUGAUAACCUAUGGAUUGGAAAUCGAGGAACUACAAUGUCGUUUUCGUGAAGAUUCUGCUGAGCUGGGUGCGCACUCGACAGACCUCCAGCAAGUGAAGGUCCUUGAACGUCAAAAUAAUUUGCAGUGA